AUGGCCAGGAUCUCCACUAGGAUGAUGUUGACCCAACUGUUGGUGCUGGCUGUGUUCUUCGCUACAGUCUCUGCUAGAGAGGUCGUUGUAGACCUUGGAUACGCACGUUAUAGAGGCGAGACUCUGUCUAAUGGUGUCGCACAGUGGCUAGGGAUUCGCUACGCUGCGCCUCCUCUUGGGCCUUUGCGGUUUUCUGUGCCGCAGGAUCCAGAGGAAGUGGCUGGAGUUCAGGAUGCAUCUCAGCACGGCCCCCUUUGUAUUCCGAUUGACAGCUACCCCAUCCCGCAAGAAGCAUCCGAGGAUUGUCUGUUUCUUGAUAUCUACGCACCAGCAGGGUUUAGAGGACGCUCGGCAAGGCUCCUGCCUGUAUAUGUCUUUAUUCAAGGUGGUGGCUUCAACACUAAUGGAAACCCCUAUUACAAUGGGACUGGUCUGAUUCAAGCAUCCGAUAUGGGCAUUGUCAUCGUCACCUUCAACUACCGCGUUGGCCCCUAUGGCUUUCUGUCUGGCGUCGAGAUCCGCGAGGGUGGCGGCAUAAAUAAUGGCCUGAGGGACCAGAUUCAGGUUCUUGAAUGGGUCCAAAAGCACAUCAAUAAGGUAGGCUCGCUAUGA